AUGGGCUCAUGGUGGGGUCUACGAGUGGCGUUCAUUCUGGGGUCGUUGUUUAUGACCCUGCUCCUCCUCGUGUACUGGGACGACGUCAGGGGCUUCAGCCUCCAGCCGCUGCAGGAGCCCCAACACGGGUCGCAUCAGGCUGCAUCUUGGCCUCGGACCUUCCCUCCCUCCACCCCCAGAGCCCAGACCAGUGUCAGGGAGCAGGAGGCGAGGAAGCAGAGGGUCAAGGAUGUCUGUUCAGGACAGGGCGCUGUGGAAUUCCCUGGAAGGACUCGACCAUUUGAGCAGAUCCCCAACAGUGCGCUGAAACACCUGAUAGUGGACGACAAACACCGGGUCAUCUACUGCUUCGUUCCCAAGGUAGCGUGCACCAACUGGAAGAACGUGAUGGCGGUUCUGAGUCAGUCUAUGAUCUCGCCCUCCACAGGAAAACCGUACACUGACCCCAACGAUAUACCUGAGGGGCUCGUACACAACCAUGAUUUCUUCUCCUUAUCCGAGUUCGGUUCUCUGUCCCGCCACCUGAUGGAGCUCAAGCUCCAGCACUACACCAAGUUCCUGUUUGUUCGAGAUCCUUUCGUUCGUGUCAUCUCUGCCUUCAGGGACAAGUUUGGACGCAUCAACCAGCAUUGGUACGAGUUGUUGGGUAUGAGCAUGCUGCGUCGUUAUGGUCACAUCUCCGGGGCUCUGCCGAACAAAUCGAGCGAGGCGUUUGCCGCAGGAAUCAACCUGACGUUUCUGCAGUUUAUCAAGUACGUGCUUGAUACAGAGACUGAGCCGAACGUACACUGGAAACAGGUGUAUCGUCUGUGUCAUCCGUGCCAGGUCGGGUACGACUUCAUCGGGCGAAUGGAAACCCAGGAAAGCGACGCCCAUCACCUGCUGAAGCUCCUGAAGGUGGAUCAUCUGUUCAGCUUCCCCUCCUCCACCCGUAACCUAACCGCAGCCAGCUGGGAACAAGAGUGGUUUGCACAGAUUCCCAUACCGAUGAGACGAGAGCUUUACAAAAUGUACGAAGCAGACUUUGAGCUGUUUGGUUAUCCCAAACCUGACAGCAUCCUCAAUCCGUGACCCACACCACAGAGCC